AUGGAUGCGGCCAACAUCGGGGCGUUAACCGUAACCGUAACCGGUCUGCCUUUUCCCCAGAAGUCAAAAGACCAGACCGGACCGCAAAAAGACCGCAGACCGCGGUUUUUUGCGGUCUAUAGACCGGUUUCGGUCUGCAUCAGUUUUAACCGGUUUAUGACCGGUCUUUAG